AUGCAACGAAUGUGGAGCACGUAUCUGGACGCGCAGCAGGCAGCACAGGCGCAGGAGUACAGCGAGCUCGAACACUCUCGGCCCGAGAGCACGCACAGCAGCGUCUAUUCCGCGGCGAACAGCACCAGACACAUGCUGGCCAAGCCGAACCCGCCCUUCGCUCCCUCCGCCAUGGCCAGCUCGAACGGCCCCAACUCGCCCCUCCUCAGGGCUGGCUCCCCGUCAUCGGCGUCCCUCACCGUCAACUACCUCCCCUCCAAAUUCUCGGAUGCGCUAGUCUACAACGGUCUCCGCCGUCGGCAAAAGACUGCCGGCGGCAUCCCCGGCGUGCCCAAGCGCGGUGGCGGCACCAAUGCCUUCAGGGCGGGCGAGGCACGUGUCGCCGCGGAAGGCGACGAGGACUACGACGGCGUCCAGGGCGGCUGGUUCGGCGGUCAAGCGGGCGCACCCAAGAAGUCCAAGCUGAGCUGGAAUCGCUUCAAGUGGAUCCUCUUCAUCUCAAAUAUCAUCUUCACCGGCUACACCAUCGCUGCCCUCAUCUUCGCACUGUGCACAUGGUUCAACGUCUUCCGCCAUGCCGACAUUAUUCUCGUCGCCAACAAGACUGAGCUCGUACUCUCGACCGUUGCCGCCUCGCUUGGUGUCUUGACCGCCCUGAUUGGCUGGGCCGGUAUCCUCCUCAACAACCGUGCUUUCCUCGCGGUCUACACCUUCAUGCUCUGGAUCGUCUUCGCGUUCCUCGUCACGCCCGGCUACCUCACCUACAAGAACAGGAACUUCAACUUGUCCGGGAAGGUCAACCAGCAGUGGUCCCAGAUCCUCGGUGUCAGCGGAUGGCUGCGGGUGCAGAACCAGCUGCAGUGCUGCGGCUUCUUCUCGCCGUUCGUCGAGGCGGCUAUCAGCCAGACUUGCUACUCUCGUAGCGUGCUGCCUGGGUGCAAGGGCCCGCUUAUGGACUUCGAGCGGACAAUCUUGAGCAGGUGGUACGCGGUCGCGUUCGGCCUCGUACCGGUGCAGAUCGGAUGCAUCGUUGCAGGCUUGCUGUGCUCGAACCAUGUCACAUACCGCUUUGGUAAGGGCAUGACGCCCAAGGCGUACCGCCUUGACAUGAGCAGCAUGGCUGUCAUCAUGGACAACUACGCCAACCAACUCGCGGAGCAGUACGGCGCAGAAGUCGCAUCCGAGGCUAUUGCCCGCUCUCGGUCAAACCUCAACCUCGACUCCCUCCCCACAGUACCUUACUCUCAAGGCCCGCCCGACUCACCUCGUCGCUAG